CUGGCUGCGGCGGCCACGUAGCGCUGCGGCGGCGGCCGAGGGGAGCGGGAGCCCGGGCGGCAGCCGCGUCCGCCGGCGGUGGCGGAGCCUGGGCCUGCCCCCGAGCUCGACCCCGACCCCGAGGCGGAGGCUGCUCGAGCGCCGCUGCGGCGGCCGAGGGGGCCGAGCGGAGGCAGGCGGGGAGGGAGGGCCCCGGCCGCCCUGCCCUCCGCCCUCCCGCCUCGCCUCCUCCGCCCGCCCGCCGCCGCCCCUGCUGCGCCCCCCGCCCUGCGCCGCCCGGCAUGGAAGGCGGCGGGGGCGGCCCUGAGGGGAUCGGCCUGGAUAAAAUGUUCAACAGUUCAUUGACAACUUUCGUCAGAAGAAUAAUUGCUACUGCUCUGCUCUUGGCUUAAUGUCAGAGUUCUGUGACCUACGCAUCAGUGCUAAACAUCAGUAGAGAAUCCUAUUCUGUGUAGAUGAAACAGGCAUCGGUCAUGAGAACCCAUCUGAAUUUAAAGCUGCUUGCUUGGUUUUCUGGGAUUAAAGGUGUUCAUUGAAUCAGAGUGCCCCGUCCCGUCCCGUCCCCCCCCCCCAUGAGUCAGACAACCAAUUCUUGUCAACAGUUGGUUGAAAACUGUGCAGUGCAUGUAGCAGGUAUGGCGCAAGAGGACAGUCACCGUGGUCAAGUGCCACCCACAUUUUAUCAUGGUGCCAGCCAGGAACUUGAUCUAUCCACCAAAGUAUACAAGAGAGAGUCAGGAAGCCCUUACUCAGUGUUGGUGGACAGCAAAAUGAGCAAACCACAUCUCCAUGAAAGAGAAGAGCAGCCGUAUUUCAGGGAGAACAGAUCAGUAGGAGAAGUCCGGGCUGUGAAAGAAGAUAGAGAAAACUCUGACGACUCUGAGGAGGAGGAAGAGGAGGAAGAUGAAGUGACUUACAAAAGGGAGCAGAUUAUAGUAGAGGUAAACCUUAACAACCAAACAUUAAAUGUAUCAAAAGGGGAGAAGGGUGUCCCCUCCCAGUCCAAAGAGACUGCUGUUCUUAAGACCAGCAGUGAGGAAGAGGAGGGUGACAGUGGGGAAGAGGCCACUGAAGAAAGUAAUGAUGAUGAGGAAAAUGAGAGGCAGAAGAAAAAAGAGAAAAGAGUGGAAAAAGUUAGUGUUGCACAAAGGAGAACAAGGAGAGCUGCAUCUGCUGCAGCAGCCACAACUUCCCCAUCACCCAGAACUACAAGGGGUCGUAGAAAGAGUGUGGAGCCCCCCAAGCGUAAGAAGAAAGCUGCAAAGGAGCCCAAGGCACCUGUGCAGAAAUCAAAGUGUGAAGAGAAGGAGACUUUAACCUGUGAGAAGUGCCCCAGGGUGUUUAACACACGCUGGUACCUGGAGAAGCACAUGAACGUCACUCACAGGCGCAUGCAGAUCUGCGACAAAUGUGGGAAGAAAUUUGUUCUAGAAAGUGAGCUGUCCCUUCACCAGCAAACAGACUGUGAAAAAAAUAUCCAGUGCGUUUCCUGUAAUAAAUCAUUCAAGAAGCUCUGGUCCCUCCACGAACAUAUCAAGAUUGUCCACGGAUAUGCAGAAAAGAAAUUCUCUUGUGAGAUUUGUGAAAAGAAGUUCUACACUAUGGCCCAUGUGCGAAAACAUAUGGUUGCACACACAAAGGACAUGCCGUUUACAUGUGAAACCUGUGGAAAAUCAUUCAAACGCAGUAUGUCUCUCAAAGUACAUUCCCUACAGCAUUCUGGAGAGAAACCUUUCAGAUGUGAGAACUGUGAUGAGAGGUUUCAGUACAAGUACCAGCUGCGCUCCCACAUGAGCAUCCACAUCGGGCACAAACAGUUCAUGUGCCAGUGGUGUGGCAAAGACUUCAACAUGAAACAGUACUUUGAUGAGCACAUGAAAACACACACUGGAGAAAAGCCCUUUAUCUGUGAAAUCUGUGGGAAAAGCUUCACCAGCCGCCCAAACAUGAAGAGACAUCGCCGAACUCACACAGGGGAGAAGCCCUACCCAUGUGAUGUGUGUGGCCAGCGAUUUCGCUUCUCCAACAUGCUCAAGGCACACAAGGAGAAGUGCUUCCGUGUUACCAGCCCUGUGAAUGUGUCAUCUGCAGUCCAGAUUGCGCUGUCCACAGCUUCUCCUGCCACCACAGUCCCUGCUGUAGUAAACACACCCACCACCCCAACUCCACCUAUGAACCUGAACCCAGUGAAUACACUUCCUCCACGCCCCAUUCCCCAUCCAUACUCACACCUUCACCUACAUCCUCAUCCUCACCAUCCACAUCAUCUUCCGGUUCCUCCUGUUCCCCAUUUACCUCCUCCUCCAGCUCUUUUUAAGAGUGAGCCUUUAAAUCACAGAGGUCAGAGUGAGGACAACUUUCUGCGACACUUGGCAGAAAAAAACAGUUCAGCACAGCACCACUAACAUCUUAGCUUCCUGUCAGUCAUUUUCCCAUUUUAUGCACAUGAAAACAUGCCCUCAUGGAAGUACAGAGGGUUAGCUGAUGAGGACUUUUGUCCGUCUCUUAGCCCCAGCAGGUGAUCCUUGUUUUUCCUUUGAAUUGGUUAGCAAGUGAGGAAAUCCUGGUUUGGAUCAGCAGUGCUCAUUUGAACCUGGGAAUCAACAGGACUCAACCCCAAUUUGCUUGUGUUUUACUGGUGACUUUUAUAAAUUUCAGAUACUGAAACUUGUGGAAUUUUAUAAUUUCAUAUCAGCUGAUGAGGUAUGCUUGCUUUUAUAUCCUGGACUUCUCCUCAAAGAGGAGAAAGCCCGGGUUUUCUUUGUACUAAUCGGAAAGGCUGUGAGAUUAAUACAGAGCAUUAAUUGUAUCACUGUGUAUUGUAAUGGAUUCUUUUCAGCUUUUGGUGCCGGCUAUGGAGUGAGCCAGCCACGUAUCACAGUAUAUUUGAGCAUUAUAAAGAAGACAAAAAAAAAAAUCUUGUUUCUGUAGCUCUCCUAACACACUCUUUAUUUUACUACAGAAAUUAUUUUAGAGUUUUUUGUAUAGACCUAUUUAGUAGUUUGUUUCUAAAAUGAGAUGUAUUUCAAUAAGCGGUGUAAUUUUUUCAGUGUAGCUGGACUUAUGUUGUAUAAUAGAUAAAUUUUUAUAAUCAUUGAAAUGUGAUUCUUAAAAGAUGCAUAUAGCUUCUAUAGUUAAAGUUAUUCUUACAACUAUACAACUUACAGCAGCAAAAGGUGCUUCAUAGAAGAAAGCAAUCCAAGAGGUCUCUGGAAAUGUUGCCUCAAAAGUGAUGUUGUUUUCAGAACUUUACGUAAUUUAUUUUAGUAGGUUGGUGGGUUGUUUUUUUUUGUUUUUGUUUGUUUGUUUGUAAUGUUGGCUUUUGGUUUUUUUUUGGGGGGGGCAGGAAUGUUUGGGGGGGUGUUCUUUGCUUUAAGUUCCCCUUUUCAGAGUUUCUCUUAAGAUUUAUUUUUGGACAAGGAUGUUGAGAUACCAUAUUCUUCCUACACUGGUUAUUGUUUAGUUCAGUCAGAGUCAGGUAUGAAAUGGGCUAGAGAGAGAGUAUCUCAAGUCAGCCAAACAUCUUUUCUCUUUAUGUGGGAGAGCCAGUUUUAAUGGCUUUUCAUGGUAUGGUUUUAAGCGGGGGAUCAUAUAAAAUGCUGCUCUUCAGAUUGCGUGUUGGAAUUCCUGGAGUUGUUAAGAGAAGGGAAUUAAGUGAAAUCAUAAAUGUGGUGUUUCUGACUGAUUGUAAAAGUGAGAAGAGAAGUUUGAAUGAGACAGUGGUGUUUCAGUUGCUGUGUUAAGAAAAUGCUGGUAGUGUAUGUACCAUGGGAAGCUCUAUCCCAUAAAUGUAAUAUGCGUAAAAUUAUGGGAUGAUUUCUAGAUGUUGUAGUAAUACGUUUGGCAAAUAUAAGUUUUACAGUUGUAGGACAGGAAACUCUUAAUUGUAGGCAUGUCACUGUUUCAUAAUCUUGAGAGGCUAUGAGGAGGAAAUGACAAGUUUAGUUUGGGAAUUGUGGGCUGGAAUGCCAAAUGUAUUUGUUUUAACCCUCGUGUAGCAGUUAUUUUUUCAGGUUUGUAUGUCUCUUCAACUAAAACUAAACAUAGCAGCAUUAUGCAAUCUAGUAAAUUGUUGCUACCUUCAAUGAAGACAGAGGCCCAAGGCAACGUACUGUAAGUCCUCUUUUCCUUAAAAUUCAUACUCUCCUGUGCUGCUUUUUAAAUUUGUACUCUUCUGAGCUGCUUUUUAAAUUAAAUCCCACCAAACUAUACAUCCAGAUAUUCUCAUAGGCAGAUGUCUAACUUACUAUUCUGCUUACUAAUGAACUGGGUUUCUGUGGCUAAUGGGAUUAAUUUUUUUUUAGUUUUCAAGGUAGCAGAAAUGGUGGAAAUUCUUCCUACCAUUACUUCCUCAAAGUUACUGCUGUUAAGCUCUAUGUUUUUAAAACACUAUAUCCUUUGUCUGUUGGGAAUUAGCUCCGUAGUUCAUGCUUUUCAUGAUUUUCUACCAUCUAAUCAUUAAUGUUGUGGUUUUUUUUUUCAUAACAAGCAUAGGAAACUAGGAAACAGGAUGGGCAAUUUUGGCCCAACAAACGUAUUCAGUUUUGAGCUGAAGCCCCUGCCAGCAUUUCUGAAAAUUAAAACAAUGUGUUUUUUAAAUGUUUUCUCUAUAAUAUUUGUGUACACUCUUAUCUUCUAGACAAAAAAGACAGUUAUGAAGGUGAAUUUACAGUCGUGAUUAUGACUGUUGUAUUUACUGUGGCUGGUCCGCCCUAGAGGUUCUAUGCAUUCCAUGUCACAUUUGCAGCCUAUAUUUUCUGUUGUUCCACUAUUUUAUGAUCAGGCCCAUUAUUAAAUGAUUUUUCAAUGCUAAAAAAAAAACACACCAAACCUCUUGGUAAAUCAGUUGUAUUCUGUUUUUGCAAAAUGGUUUUCUUCUCAAUAAAUUUACAGUAUUAGGCGGCUAUUCAGAAUUCCAAGAUCUGGGGCAGGUUUUUCUUUCUUUCUUUCUUUCUUGGGGUUUUUGUUUGCUUUUUUCUCUCUUUAGUUCAUAGCAAUGAUACACUUUAUAAUUUUUUCCUUCCAAGACUUAGGUACUUAGGAAUUCUUUCUGUGGAAGAAGAUUAAACUGUUUAACCUGUUUAACUAGGCAUCUGUGACAAACAUACUGAAAGCUCAUAGACUGGUCUAAAAGUGUUACAAUCUGGUAGUUUAUAAAGUACAUAUUUUAGAGAAAAAUGAAAAUAGAUGUUACAGAAGACACAAAAUUAAAGGUUGAGAUUUGCUGUGGCAUUUCACUUCUGCUUAAAUUUGCAUAAGUAUGCACACCUACAGGGUUUGUGCAACGCUAAGGAAUGUAUUCAAGUGCAUUUACUACUUCUUGCAUAUGUUGAUAAGCUAACGAUAAUGUUUUAUAUUAGCUUUACUAUAGUUAGUACAUUAAGGGGUUGGUUUGUUAAAUUAAGGGAUUGGUUUGUGUUGCUGAAAUGCUUCCCUCAAGAAGAGCAAAGACAAAUUACACAAACUUUGGGUUUGGUUUGAAUAUUUCUGGGAAGUGGGACUAACAUCUCUUAUUUUUUUUCCAAAGCAUCCUACAGCCUAAAGCAAAGUUUUACUAAAUCUUUAAAAUGAGAUUUUUAAGAAGGAGAAUUCACCAGAAUUAACACUAUCAUUGGGAGAUAGGCAUUCCAAGAUGAGCAGUUUAAAGGGCAGUAUCUUUUCUAGAGCAAUUUAAACCACUAGUCCUUUGGACAGUGCCUUAUCCUUAAUAAAGGCAUAGGCUGUGCGAGGUUGUUUAAUCAGUGUGUUAUCUAAGAUAAAUUUAGCUUUUUGGAUAAAAGUGUGGUGAUUACCUGUUUUGUAUUGUCAUGCCUGUCUGAAUUAUUGACUCUCCUUUUUACACAGCUAAUAUGCUUCUUAGAUGACCUAAUUUGUAUUGCUGUUGCACGUCAAAAGCACUGUCACCCACCUUGUAUGGGUGACAACUGCAUCUUUAAUUACGGGCUUUUGAAAGAGUGCUUUAAGCUGAAUUCAGGCUCUUUUCACUGGGAGAUUAGUUCAUAUCUUAACAGUGCAGUCCAUCUGGAUGUUUUUGUCUUUGCCCAGUUGCAUCUCUUGAGCAUGUAAUAGCAAUUUUCAGUUUAUUGGAGAGGAGAAGGUAAAACUCACAAGCAUGCAGUAUAAAAGAUAGUGCUUCCCUUUGACAGAUUUAGUCUGUUUUAGCCAAAUAAGUGAAAGACCAAGUUCACCUCUGAGCUGAAAAAGAGUAGUAUUUUUGUAAUUUGUUUAAUUUGUUGUCUGUUUCUUUGCAUUAUAAUGUACGCAGUGGUGUCACCGUCAGUGGGACUGCGUACCAUUUUGUUAGGAGUUUUAGAGAGAGGCUGUUGUGCAGAGCUGUUUCUAUGCUUACAAAGAUAGUGUUGCAUUGACACUUUUGGUCUGAUUAUUACUUGCGCAGUAUGUAGGCCUUUGAGAAAAUGAUAAAAACAAUACGCAGUGUGCAAAUAAGGCACUCAAGAACACUAAAUAAUGUCAAAAUUGUACUCUUAGGAACUGAGCUCAGGGUUGUAAAAUGUUUAAAUGGUUAUUUUAUGGUUUCAUAUUUCAUUUAAUUAACAGUAUUAAAACAAACAGUAAUAUAUGUCUCCACAAUUUAUUUACACCCACCAAUGAGGAACAUCUCACUUCUAAAUUAGAAGUUGGAUCAAGUUUCUGUUCUUAAAGUUGGUUUUGGUCUUAAAACUGGGGAGACGUGUGGCACCUCUGAGAGAUGAUGGAGGUAUAUUAAAUAAACAGUUUGCCCAUUUUCA